GCUGCUAUCGCUGGGAGUUUUCCACCCAUCCCCACAACACGGCGUUUGAAGCACCUCGUGAAGUGGGCACACAGGCUUUUGACAAGGCCUGGAGCGCUUGCGGGCAACUGGAGAUAUGCUGUUCUUGUAGAGGUUGCAUGUGCCUUUGCGCCUUGGGCGCAGCGCGCCUACUUCCUGCAUGCCAUGCGAGGCGGAGGGUUGAGGGCCCGGCUGGGCGAGGGCCCUGGCCAGUCCCUCCGCCACCUGCUGCCGCUCUAUCGCUUUCUACAAAGAAGUGCAGUUGUGGAGGUCGUGCUUGAGUUGUGCUCGACCCUGGCAGCAGCACGUGGGAUGUCCACGAGAAAUCUCCCCGAGGAGAUGUCGCAAUCUCGCGAUGCAGAUCUGCCGGGAGAAGGCAUGGUGCCCUUCACAGAUCGACGCAUCGUAGCUUUGGCAACGGUCUUGGCGACUGUCGCCGCGAUGGAGUCUCUCAGCAAGGCAUCGUACGCGCGGCUGCGACAGGGACUUGACGUGGAUUUCGCCAAGGACUCGCAAUACCAAUACCGACGGUUGUCUACCUUUUUCAGGCACUGGGGCCAAAGCAGUCCCGAAGGCCUGAGCUCGCACACAAGGAAGGCGCUACAUCGCAUUGUGCGCGCCGGCAGAAGCGUUCUGCGUCCUGGCGAAAUCCGAGAAGCGCUCUCGUCCAUACCACCAAUGGUCCUCCCUGGCGACGCAAUUAUUGAUGACGGGGAGGACAGUGACAGGGAGGUGGAGGCUGCUGAGUUUCACUCCAUCACGGACUUUGAAGAGGAGACACAACUCGAGGGGUUCGGAUAUGAUCUCCGGAAGGCCGACUUUCCACAAGGUGAUGGGGAGCACAGUUGGAAUGUCAUCGAUGCGUCGACCUACAAGCUGCGAUCAGAGACAUAUUUUCUGGAUGGGUCAAAGGAACCCUCCCGUCCUGCGAUGCUGCAGCUCUUAGAUGUUGACGUCAGCCAGAUCGGACCCCGCGGCCCCAUUGUUGAAUCAGCGCGGCAUUCUGACUUCUCGUGCCAAGCCAUUCGACGCCGAGGGGAUGGACGUUUCCUCUUCAUACUGAACAUCAUUAUUCCUUCCUACCAGACCAUCAUGACGGCUGCUGUGGAUCCAUCAGCUGCUUGGCUGUCGGAUCCUGCGAGUCCGCAGGCGCGCGUGUGGCACCGCUUCCUGGCAGCGAGCCACGAGGAGCAGAAAAAGAAGCUGAAGGUCAUCUUCUCCGUGGAGACGGGCCCUUGGGUGGUGAAGAAAGUCGCCCUCAAGAAGCCCACCCUCAUCGGGAUGAAGAUUUCCAUGGAGAGCCACUACCAGCCUGAGGACUAUCUGGAGAUCACCUUGGACGUCACCAAUGGAGGAAGGGGUGGAGGCUACGAAGAAAUGGUUACUCGCAUGGUCUUGCGCCACGUGAAGAGCUUGGAGUGUGGCCUGUGCUGCCUGAUAGAGGCAACUCAGGAGGAUGAGCUGCCAGAGUGUGCGCUCUUUGCUUUCCUUGCUUCGCACCCGGACUUUGAGAGAAUGGCAUUGGCGGUGUCUGAUUAA